AUGCCUAGAUCCAGGGGCGUCGUGGCGGGCCUAGCCAGGACUCAGGGAGCCGGCGACUCGCGUGUCACCGCGGUGGGGCGGGUCGGUCUCCUCCCCUUCCUCCGCCCGCCCCGCCCAGGAGCAAGACCGCCUCCACCCGCGGGAUCCCGGCGCUGUGUCGGUGCUCCCGCGACUGCUGCGUCCGUCGGUCUGUUCGCUCGACCUGCGAGGGCUGGGGCUGGGGCGGAGGUGGGACUGUCCCCUCCCUCCUGCUCUCCCUCCCUCCGGGAGCGGGGCUCGGCGGAGAAGAAGCCAGCGCGGGGAGAUCUCGGUCGCGAGCACGAGUGGGGUGGGGCGUGCCCGCGGCCCCCGCCCCCCCCCAGGUCCCCCAGCCACAGCUCCGGAGCCGCGGGCCCCGCGCUCCGCCCACUUCUCCUGGUGAUCUGUGAUCCCCCCACUCCAGAGCCGGCCAGGAGAGGGGACGGGGUGCCUGCGUGCUGGGGUGUAGGGACGCCCCUGCAGCAAAGCCGUCGGGAGGGGCGGAUCCAAGCCGCCGCCGAGGAAGCCAGGCGCCGGGUCUGGGUCACAGUCGCCAGCGCAGAACGAAAGCGCAGGCAGCAGCAGGCUGGGGCCCUCGCCGCCGCCGGGGUGACAAGGCCCUGCGUGGCAGGGAGAAGACGACCAGAGACCAGUGUGGAAGAGGCAGUACCUACAGGGGCGGGCGCCUCCCUCCCACCUGAACCAGGGGGACCAAGGAAUUGAGAGUGUCCCCCAUCGUAAGAAAGACGCUAC